AUGGAUCUGAGAGGAAAGAAAUCAUUGGGUGAAGAUAUGAUGAGUGGGAAUAACAAGAAGUCUUGUACUGAUUGCAAGACCACAAAGACACCUCUUUGGAGAGGUGGUCCUGCUGGCCCCAAGUCACUGUGCAAUGCAUGUGGGAUCAGAUACAGGAAAAAAACAAAAGCAAUGUUGGGUUUGAAGAGAGGAUCAGAGAAGAAGAAGAAAGAGAGAUCACAAUCAUCACACAGCACAAUUACAACCAGCUCUGCUUCUAUUGCUACAACUGAUAAUGUUGGUGAAAGUAAGAAGCCCAGUGGCAAAUUUAAUGGGUUGAGUGAGACUACGGAGAUGAGAUUAUUUGCUUUGGGAAGUGAGGUUUUGCUGCAAAGAUCAUCAUCAACAACAACAAAUUCUUCAUUAUCAUUAUCUGGGGUGGUGAAGAAGCAAAGGUGCCAAAGGAGAAGGAAGUUGGGAGAGGAAGAACAAGCUGCUUUUUCUUUGAUGGCAUUGUCCUGUGGCUCAGUUUUUGCUUGA